AUGACUAUGUUGACUAGACUAGAGGAAAAUAUACCCAACCCAGCCGUGGAGCCGCACCGACUCAACGAAAAAGAAAGAAGAAGGAGACACAUAAAUGACGGGAUUUACUACAACAGUGACGGGAUUUACUACCACAGUGACGGGAUUUACUACAACAGUGACGGGAUUUACUACCACAGUGACGGGAUUUACUACAACAGUGACGGGAUUUACUUCAACAGUGACGGGAUUUACUACAUCAGUGACGGGAUUUACUACAUCAGUGACGGGAUUUACUACCACAGUGACGGGAUUUACUACAACAGUGACGGGAUUUACUAUAACAGUGACGGGAUUUACUACAACAGUGACGGGAUUUACUACAACAGUGACGGGAUUUACUACAACUGUGAUGGGAUUUACUACAACAGUUACGGGAUUUACUACAAUAGUGACGGGAUUUACUAUAACAGUGACGGGAUUUACUAUAACACUGACGGGAUUUACUAUAACAGUGAGGGGAUUUACUACAACAAUGACGGGAUUUACUACAACAGUGACGGGAUUUACUACAACAGUGACGGGAUUUACUACAACAGUGACGGGAUUUACUAUAACAUUGACGGGAUUUACUACAACAGUGACGGGAUUUACUACAACAGUGACGGGAUUUACUAUAACAUUGACGGGAUUUACUAUAACAGUGACGGGAUAUACUAUAACACUGACGUGAUUUACUACAACAGUGACGGGAUUUACUACAACAAUGACGGGAUUUACUACAACACUGACGGGAUUUACUACAACAGUGACGGGAUUUACUAUAACAGUGACAGGAUUUACUACAACAUUGACGGGAUUUAUUAUAACAGUGACGGGAUUUACUACAACAGUGACGGGAUUUACUACCACAGUGACGGGAUUCACUACAACAGUGACGGGAUUUACUAUAACAGUGACGGGAUUUAUUACAACAGUGACGGGAUUUACUACAACAGUGACGGGAUUUACUACAACAGUGACGGGAUUUACUAUAACAUUGACGGGAUUUACUAUAACAGUGACGGGAUAUACUAUAACAGUGACGGGAUUUACUACAACAGUGACGGGAUUUACUACAUCAGUGACGGGAUUUACUACAACAGUGACGGGAUUUACUAUAACAGUGACGGGAUUUACUAUAACAGUGACGGAAUUUAA